AUGAAGAACUUCAGCACUGUCCUUAUGGUCUUGGCGACUGGCGCCUCCUUUGUGGCUACCAUGCCCGCCAAGCCACGAACCCUUCUGGCCAAUCCCGCUGGUGUGGUCGGUGGCCUUCUUGACCCUGCUGCUGGUAACCUGACGGCCGGCGAUGUGCCUCCUCCUCCGCCUCCCCCAGGCGGUGAUGUACCUCCUCCUCCUCCUCCUCCGGCGGGCACUGAUGUGCCUCCUCCGCCGCCCCCUCCUCCGGCGGGUACUGACGUGCCUCCCCCUCCCCCUCCACCGCCGGCGGGCACCGAUGUGCCUCCUCCUCCCCCUCCUCCCCCAGCUGGUAGUGACGUCCCUCCUCCUCCUCCGCCCCCUCCGGCUGGUAGUGAUGUCCCACCACCACCACCUCCUCCUCCAGCUGGUAGUGACGUCCCACCACCACCUCCUCCUCCUCCGGCUGGUAGUGACGUCCCUCCUCCCCCUCCUCCCCCUCCGGCUGGCAGUGACGUCCCUCCCCCUCCCCCUCCUCCGGCUGGCAGUGAUGUUCCUCCUCCUCCUCCUCCGGCCGGUAGCGACGUUCCUCCUCCUCCCCCACCGACCGGCAGCGCGGCCAAGGUUGACCCGCUCACCGUUCUCCGGAACCUCUUCAACAACGCUUAA